GUGCAGUGCAUGGGGCUGCGGGAGAAGCGGCCAUGAAACGCACCAGACCAACCAUCCUGUCCUUAUAUAGCCACCCAUGGCCGCGCCGUCCAUGACCCGUCCAUCUCUUGGACACCCACCGUCGCCAUCGCCAUGGCCAAGGAGACCAGCGACGCCAGCUCCGAGGCGCCACCGCCGACGCCAAUGUCGGCGCCGGCGUCCUUCAAGUUCAACGUGCACGCGCCGGAGUUCGUGCCAAUGUCGCCCACCGCCGCCGCCGCCAGCCCCAUGUCCGCCCCGGCCAGCGGCUACUGCUCGCCAUUCCUGGCCCCGGACUGGAGCUUCCUCCAUGACCACCAUGAGCCUGUCUUCUUCAUGCCCGACUUCAAGUUCGCCGCUGCCGCCGCCGCCGCCAGCAACAGCGCUGGCCAGCCCAAGGCCGGCGGCGGGGGUGGUGGCGCCGCCACCGCCGUCGACAUCGCCCACAAGAUCGUCAAGCAGGUCGAGUACCAGUUCAGCGACAUCAACCUCGUCGCCAACGAGUUCUUGCUCAAGAUCAUGAACAAAGAUUCUGAAGGUUAUGUUCCCUUGUCGGUCAUUUCAUCCUGGAAGAAGAUCAAGUCCCUGGGAGCAACCAACCAGAUGCUGGUUAAGGCUCUUCGGACCUCCACAAAACUGAUUGUCAGCGACGAUGGCAAGAAAGUCCGGCGCAGGCAGCCCUUCACAGAGAAGCACAAAGAAGAGCUUCAGGUCACUGAUUUACAGUGCUCCAGGAUUUCUCCCUACCCAGAACUGAAUCUUGUUUUCAUUACGCAGUCUCGAAUGAUCAUCGCGGAGAAUUUGCCAGAGGACUCCUCAAGAAACAGCCUCGAGAAGGUCUUCGGCGUCGUCGGAAGUGUGAAGAACAUCAAGAUUUGCCACCCUCAAGAGCCUAGCUCGGCGAGGGCUUCCAAGUCAGACACACUAGUGAGUAACAAGAUGCAUGCUCUUGUGGAAUAUGAGACCUCGCAGCAGGCAGAGAAAGCAGUUGAGAAGCUAAACGAUGAACGGAACUGGAGGAAAGGCCUCCGAGUGCGUACAGUGUUGAGGCGUUCCCCCAAGUCAGUAAUGCGGCUGAAGCGGCCUGAUUUCGACCACUUUGCUGGCUCUGAUGACGAUUCACCACACUCACAGAUGUCAUCUGACUCCCCGACUUCGGAAGCCGUCCAUUCGCCUGAAGCUCAUCCAGAGGAUCACCAGAGUGGAGCCAAGAAAGGGUGGGCAAGAGGGCGAGGAAAGCUGCACGUCACGGCGCCACACAGCCCACAGUCUGCUCCUGCCGGCAUCGUCGGCCACUUUGACCCAUCAAGCCCUCGCCAGGCAUCCCAGAAAUCCCCAUUGAGCCCCAGGCAGGUUUCUCAGAAGUGCCCAUUCAGCCCCAGGCAGCCCCCGCAGGGCCCGAGGAUGCCCGACGGAACACGCGGGUUCACCAUGGGCCGAGGGAAGCCACCAGCAUCAUCGGUGACAGCCCGGACGGUCGGUGGUCCUCCUCCGGCUCCUGUUCUUGUCUAGUUCAGUUCCUGCAGGUUAACUGCUACAUAUAGUGUCUUUCUGAGCAAUGAACUCGGUAUCCCUAUGGAUACAAGUGGUUGACAAGCUUUUUUGUUAUUUUCCUUUUUUUUAAGGCCCUAAAUAAAACUGACUGGCUGUUGUUGUAUUCAAAUGCAAGGUUGUAAUUUUUUUUUUCUUGCUUCACAGAGAGUAUGAGAUCUUCUGAAAGUAAUAGCUUGAA